AUGGCUACGAACUCAUCUGAGCAUACCAUGAGUGCCGCCGCCGCUGCUCCGCCUGCAACCACCACUCCCAACCAUCUCACCUCCGCUCAACAUUUCGUGUCGAUCAAAUUGACGACACGGAAUUAUCUUUUUUUGGCGUACGCAGCUCGUCCCAUUCCUCCGGGGUCAAGGAUUGCUGGCCUACGUAGAUGGAGGAACGCCGUGAAUCUAUUGCUUUCUCAACGGCGGUAUAUGGGUGAUCUCCUUAACCUUGCAGCUUCUACGACAAAGGCCGUCACUCCAUCUGAUGAGGUGUAUGACAAUCCCACUCAAUACCGGCGUUUGGCGGGUGCCUUGCAAUAUCUCACUAUUACACGCCCCGAUCUUUCCUAUGCAGUUAACAAGCUAUGUCUGUUUAUGCAUGCACCCACAGUUGAACAUUGGGGACUUUUGAAGCGUGUGUUACGCUACGUUAAAGGCACCUUACAUUACGGAGUGCGCUUCUCGCGUUCAUCUUCUUCUGCCAUUCAUGCCUACUCCGACUCCGAUUGGGCGGGUUGUUCCAUUGAUCGCAAGUCCACUAGCGGCUAUGCUGUUUUUCUCGGCGACAAUUUAAUUUCUUGGGUCUCCCGCAAGCAAUGCACCAUAGCUCGUUCUUCCACUGAGGUUGAGUACAUGGGGCUCGCCGAUGUAGCUGCUGAGGUUACCUGGGUUGUCUCUCUCCUUCAUGAGCUAAACUUGCAUCCGGGCUCCCCGCUGACUCUAUGGUGUGACAAUCUCGGUGCCACCUAUCUCUGUGCUAACCCUGUUUUCCAUGCCAGGACGAAGCAUGUGGAGAUUAAUUUUUACUUUGUUCAUGACAAGGUCGCUGCUAGGGAUUUUUUAGUCGAUUUUGUGUCCACGAAAGAUCAGCUCGCCGAUAUCUUCACCAAGCCGCUACCGGCUCCGCGUUUUGCAGCUCUUCGUGACAAGCUCAAUGUUGUAGCCCUCCAACCUUUAGCUUGA